AUAAAUCCUACGUCGUUUCAAGAUUAAAACAUACCGCCUAGACCCAAAAACCCUAAUUUCCCUAAUCCCCAAAGCCCUAACGUUUAACCUCCAUGAAACUGCAUUUCAGUCGCGCUGGAACCCCGAACCCAGCAAUUAGCGACCUGUCAACCCAGACCUGUAAGCCCUAACUUCCUCAAUUCCCCAAUACCAUAAUCUAUUCAGUUCCUUCAAAAUUCCCUUCAAUGGAACCUCAAACUCCCACAAAUUCGCAACCCGUCCUCUACGAAACCCUAACCUUAAACCCAAUUUCUCUUCCUUCUUCCCCUACCGCCGAAUCUCCGCCGUCCAAUCAAUCUCCUGUUGAGCCGUACACUGUCUUCCGCAACGAAAUCUCUCUAUCGGCAGAAAAUACCAUCUCCGUGGACUCAGCUGCGCCGGACUAUUUCUCGCUUGAUGUUAAUGAGCCGGAUGAACCAGUAGUAAUUCGGGCUCCAGUCUCGGCCUGGGAUGAACCAGAGCCGAAGACACCGGGUCCUGCGGAUGAGCCAAGGCUUGAGAACAAAUGGUGGUUUCGUGGGAAUAGUAGGUUCCAAAGUCCAAUGCUUCAGUUGCAUAAAGAAAUAGUGGACUUCUGUGAUUUUCUAUCCCCUACUCCCGAAGAGCAAGCAGCACGUGAUGCAGCUGUGCAUUGUGUUUUUGAUGUUAUCAAGUACAUAUGGCCUGCCUGCGGGCCAGAAGUUUUUGGGUCGUUCAGGACAGGGCUUUAUUUACCAACAAGUGAUAUUGAUGUAGUGAUUCUAGAGUCAGGUAUAAAAAAUCCACAGACUGGUUUGUAUGCUCUUUCCAGGGCAUUAUCUCAAAGGGGAAUUGCAAAAAAGAUGCAGGUGAUUGCAAAAGCUCGCGUGCCAAUAAUUAAGUUUGUAGAAAAGAAAAGCUGUGUCGCAUUUGAUAUAAGCUUUGAUGUGGAUAAUGGACCAAAAGCUGCUGAGUUUAUCAAGGAAGCACUACUAAAAUGGCCUCAAUUACGACCAUUGUGUUUGAUCUUGAAAGUAUUUUUACAACAGAGAGACCUGAAUGAGGUAUAUUCAGGUGGAAUAGGUUCAUAUGCUCUCCUUUCAAUGAUCAUAGCCAUGUUGCAGAAUCUGAGUGAAUCCAGAGCUUAUCCGGAACAUAACUUGGGGAUGCUCUUGGUGCAUUUCUUUGAUUUUUAUGGACGAAAAUUGAACACUGUGGAUGUUGGUGUAUCUUGCAAAGAGAGAGGCACUUUCUUUUUGAAGAGUAGCAAAGGGUUUUCAAACAAAGGACGACCAUUUCUCAUCUCCAUCGAGGACCCACAGACUCCAGACAAUGACAUUGGGAAGAACUCAUUUAACUAUAUCCAGAUUAGGUCAGCUUUCGGGAUGGCUCUUUCGACCCUGAGUAAUCCCAAGAACAUUUUGGCUCUGGGCCCCAAUAGAAGCAUUCUCGGUACCAUAAUUAGACCGGAUCCAAUUUUGCUUGAGCGCAAAGGAGGACCUAGUGGGGAUGUCACUUUUAGUAACUUGCUUCCUGGAGCCGGGGAGCCUUUACAAACACUUAAUGGAGAGAAGCAGGACAUCUUAUGCAAUUGGCAGUUCGAUGAUGAAGAACCGCUGCCUCGAGGGGACAGAAAUGCUGGAGAUGUUAGUGCUCAAUCCUCUGGAAGAAAGAGGAAAUCUUCUUCCAAAGGAAGGCACAAAAAGAAGAUAAUAGAAAACAUUGAUGUAACAAAGGACUGGGAUGAAGAGAAAUUCUCAAAGAACGAAAAGAGUUCAAGGAAGAAAAGUUCUAGACAUAGCCAUAAACAUAAAGAUUCCAAUGGUUACGGUUAUCAUCACGGUGUGUACCCAUCAAGAUUAUGAUAAUUGAAGUAAAAGAGCUACUUAUCUUUCUCUUCUUUUUUUUUUUUUUCAUCAAUUUAUGCUUCUUUCUCCUGCUAGUCUUUCAACUUGAAAGUUUUGUUGUCUAUAAUAAUACAUGGUUGUUUACUUAGAA